GGGAGAGGAAUGGCGCCGGCGGCUGAAGGAACAAGAACAGAAACCGCUGGAAAAGCUGAGCAGGUCCGGCAGCUCGUGUUGAGAGAAAUGUGAGGACGUGUUUCGGGUCCGGGGAUCCUUCUUCAGAACAGGACCAGGUUUCAGAAACAUCCCGGGGAGGUCGCCAGGUCCGAGCGCCAAGACCUGGCUCCUGCCCCCGGGGAGAGGAGACAGUGAGACAGGAGUAUUUGAAGAUCUGAAGACAGAAGUUUCAAAGUCAACAGAUGAAGGGCUUAAGCUUGAAAUAUUGACUCUCCUGCUCUUCAGAUGCUGCCUGACCUGCUGCGCUUUUCCAGCGCCGCACUUUUCGACACUGAGUGUCCAGUGUCUGCAGUCCUCACUUUGACAUCAAUGUCUGACAGUCACUCAAUCCAUUGGGAACACAACAAUUUUCGACUGUGAUUCCGUGAGAAGGAGCAAAGCUGUUUGGUUCCUGUUUCUAUAUGUUUUCAGAAUCAGUGGGACUGGAUGAGAGACCGUACUGUUGCAGUCCACUGAGUGUGGAGCCAGAAAUAGUUAUACGACCUGGAAAGAGGAAUUUACGGCAGGGAGGGGCUCGACACAUGUUUGUGUGCAGCUGAAGUUUUGGCCAUGGAGAAACCUGAGGGAUCCUGCCCCGUAGAGAAACCAUGUAAGUGUGGUGACUGUGGGAAAAGUUUCCAUUUUCCGUCUGCCCUGGAGACUCAUCGGCGCAGUCACACCGGGGUGAGGCCGUUCCUCUGCACAGAGUGUGGUAAGACCUUCAGCAAUUCCUCUGACCUGCUGAAGCACCAACGGGUCCACACGGGGGAGAGACCCUUCAGCUGUCCCAAAUGUGGGAAGGGCUUUACCCAGGCCUCCAGUCUGCUAACCCACCGGCGGGUCCACACUGGGGAGAGGCCGUUUCUUUGCUCCAAGUGCGGGAAGGCCUUCAGCAAUUCCUCUGCCCUGCUGAGGCAUAAGCGGGGGCACAUUGGGGAGAAGCCUUUCAGCUGCCCUGAGUGUGGGAAGGCCUUCAGCAAUUCCUCCGACAGGCUAAAGCACCAACGGGUCCACACAGGGGAGAAGCCCUUCAGCUGCCCUGAGUGUGGGAAGGCCUUCAGCAAUUCCUCCGACAAGCUAAAGCAUCAGCGGGUCCACACAGGGGAGAAGCCCUUCAGCUGCCUCGAGUGCGGGAAGAGCUUUGCCCACGCCUCCACCUUGCUGACCCACCAGCGGGUCCACACCGGGGAGAGGCCCUUCACCUGCCCAGAGUGCGGGAAAGCCUUCAGCAAUUCAUCCGACAGACUGAAGCACCAGCGGGUCCACACUGGGGAGAGACCCUUCAGCUGCCCUGAGUGUGGGAAGGGCUUUACACAGUCCUCCACCCUGCUGGCCCACCAGCGGGUCCACAGUGGGAAGUGGCCAUUCACCUGCUGUCUGUGUGGGAAGGGAUUCACCCGCUCUUCCCACCUGCAGAGGCACCAGCGAGUUCACAUCAGACAGAAACCGUGGAAGUGUGGUAACUGUGAGAAAGGCUUCCGUACUCCGUCUGACCUGGAGAUUCAUCGGCGCACCCACACCGGGGAGAGGCCGUUCUCCUGUCCCAAGUGCAGGAAGGGCUUUACCCAGGUCUCUGCCCUGCUUAGGCACCAGCGGAUCCACACGGGGGAGAGGCCUUUCAGCUGCCCUGAGUGUGGGAAGGCCUUCAGCGAUUCAUCCUCCCUACUGACCCACCGGCGAGUCCAUACGGGAGAGAGGCCCUUCAGCUGUCACGAGUGCAGGAAGGCCUUCAGCAAUUCCUCAUCCCUGCUGAGGCACCAGCGGGUCCACACGGGAGAGACCCCCUUCAGCUGCCCUGAGUGUGGGAAGGCCUUCAGCCGUUCCUCCACUUUGCUGACCCACCAGCAGGUCCACACAGGGGAGAGGCCCUUCAGCUGUUCUGAUUGCGGGAAGGCCUUCAGCUAUUCCUACUCCCUGCUGAGGCACCAGCGGGUCCACAUGGGGGAGAAGCCCUUCAGCUGCCCCGAGUGCGGGAAGGCCUUCAGCUAUUCUUCCUCCCUGCUGACCCACCGGCGAGUCCAUACAGGGGAGAGGCCCUUCUGCUGUCCCGAGUGCGGAAAGGCCUUCAGCGAUUCCUCCUCCCUGCUGACCCAUUGGCGAGUCCACACGGGGGAGAAGCCCUUCAGCUGCCCUGAGUGUGGGAAGGCCUUCACCCGCUCCGCCCACCUCCGGAGCCACCAGCGACUUCACGUGCCAUCGCAGGGGGAGUGACAAAGCGACUGCCGAGUGCCAUUAUCGACUGGACUAUCAACCCAGUUCUGGGAUCUGUUGGGUUUGAAUCCCACCGCGGCAGAAUUGGAAUACGGUCAGAACCUAAUGAUGAAACCAUUUUCUGUGGGGGAGGGGUUGCUUUUUUUUUAGGGAAAGAAACUGCCGUUGUGGGAAAGGAUUCACUCAGUCGUCCCAGCUGCAUCCUUUACCCGGUCUGGCCUACACAUGACUCCAGACCCACAGCAGUCUGUUUCACUCCACACUGCCCUGUUCCUGGCCCCACGGGUUAAGGCUGUACCAAGGAUCCAAUUACAAAGGGACAACUCUGUGCUGUCCGAUAGUAAAGAAAGUGGGGUGGGGUGGAGGAGGGGGAGUGUGUGCACUUUGACCUUGAGUUGUUUAAAAAGCAGCUGCUUUCUCUCCCCCUUUUUGCUGGGGGGGAUCUGAAGCUGUAACAAAGUUGGGUCACAAUAAAGAUUACCUGAACUUAC